CAGUUUUUCUGGAAGAUUAAUUAGUUGCCCUGGACAUGCUGCUGUUCUUUGCUUUGGGACUGCUCGUACAUUUUGUGUUCUUCGCUUCCAUCUUUGACAUUUAUUUUACAUCUCCUUUGGUUCAUGGAAUGACUCCUCACUUCACACCAUUGCCUCCUCCAGCAAGAAGAUUAGUGCUCUUUGUUGCCGAUGGACUCCGAGCAGAUGCACUGUAUGAAUUAGAUGAAAAUGGAAACUCUAGAGCACCAUUUAUUAGGAAUAUCAUAAUGCAUGAAGGCAGCUGGGGGAUAUCUCAUACACGCGUGCCAACAGAAUCUCGGCCAGGUCAUGUUGCCCUGAUAGCCGGGUUUUAUGAAGAUGUCAGUGCAGUUGCCAAAGGAUGGAAGGAAAAUCCUGUAGAAUUUGAUUCUCUUUUUAAUGAAAGCAAGUACACAUGGAGUUGGGGAAGCCCGGAUAUCUUGCCUAUGUUUGCCAAAGGUGCUGGUGGAGAUCAUGUUUAUACACACAGUUACGAUGCGAAAAAAGAGGAUUUUGGUGCUCAUGAUGCAACAAAGCUGGAUAGUUGGGUUUUUGAUAAUGUUAAGGACUUCUUUCAUGCUGCCAGAAACAACCGGUCUUUGUUUUCUAAAAUAAAUGAAGAGAAAAUAGUUUUUUUCUUACAUUUAUUAGGACUAGAUACAAAUGGACAUGCUCAUCGACCAUCAUCAAGGGAUUAUAAGGAUAAUAUUAAAAAAGUUGAUGAUGGAGUAAAGGAAAUUGUGUCCAUGUUUAAACAUUUUUAUGGAAAUGAUGGGAAAACAACAUUUAUCUUUACCUCUGACCAUGGAAUGACAGACUGGGGUUCCCAUGGGGCUGGUCAUCCUUCAGAGACUUUAACUCCUUUGAUCACUUGGGGAGCUGGAAUCAAGUAUCCUGAAAAAGUAUCAGUUCAACAAUUUGAUGAUGCAUUUUUGAAAGAAUGGAGAUUGGAGAACUGGAAAAGGCGAGAUGUCAAUCAGGCUGAUAUUGCACCACUGAUGGCUUCCCUCAUUGGAGUUCCCUUUCCCCUUAAUUCAGUGGGAAUCCUUCCUGUGGAUUAUCUUAACAACACCGAUCUCUUCAAAGCAGAGAGCAUGUUUACAAAUGCAGUACAGAUUCUUGAACAGUUCAAG